GCUCAGGGAGCACACAACGUGGCGAUCGCCGGUGCGCUGUGUCCCUCGGACACAGCAGAUCACAGAAAGAGCCGAAGAUGUCGGCUCCGUCAUGUGAUAAGCUGUGUCCAAUCACAGCUGAUCACAUGGCACUGAUGAUCAGUGUGCCCUGAUGAUCAGUGUGGCCCCAGAAGUGCCACCUGUCAGUGCUCAUGAGUGCCACGUGCCAGUGCCCAUCAGUGCCACGUGCCAGUGCCCAUCAGUGCCACAUCAAUGCCACAUAUCAGUGCACAUCAAUGCCAUAUAUCAGUGCCCAUCUGAGCUGCCUUUCAAUCUCACCCAUCAGUGCCAGUCACUGCCACCUAUCAAUGCCAGUCGGUGCCACCUAUCAGUGCCACAU